UUUUCUUUUAAUUUUCUGUCUUUUGGAGAUGGGUUUCGGAGAUUCUUGCCUGUUCUUCAUCUUCAUGUGGUUUUGCUUCCAAGCUCAAGUCUUGAAGUCUCAGAAUGUUAGUUGUAAUUCAAAGGACUUGGCAGCAUUGGAAGGUUUCCUGAAUGGUCUGGAUUCAAGGAUUGAUGGGUGGGCGCCCAAUUCUUCUUUUUCUUCUUCUUCUGAUUGCUGCAAUUGGGUUGGUGUUAAUUGCAGUGGAUCUUCUGGGGUUCCAGGCAGAAGGGUAGUUGGUUUGAAUCUUGCUGGAAAGGGAUUGAAAGGAAAUGUUUCGAAAUUAUUGUCCGGUUUGGAUCAGCUGAAAUUCCUUAAUCUCUCUUCCAAUUCUCUCAGAGGUGAUGCACCGUCGGAUUUGUUCCAUUUGCAGCAAUUGCAAAUCCUCGAUUUGAGUUACAAUGAAUUCUCCGGCCUGAUUCCACAAGAUGCCCAUUUACCGGCGAUACGGGUUUUCAACGUUUCGGACAAUUCAUUCACCAGCCAGCAUCCCCUCCUUGUCGGGUCUUUGAAUUUAACACAUUUCAUCAUCAGUAACAAUCGGUUUUCUGGUAAUAUCAAUCCUGGUAUCUGCAACUCUUCAGCCCAAAUUCGAGUUCUUCAAUUCUCAAUGAAUUCGUUCAGCGGUGUUUUCCCAGCAGGUUUUGGAAAUUGCAGCUCCCUGCAUGAGCUCUUACUCGAUUCAAAUAAUCUAACAGGAAAUUUGCCAGAUGAUUUGUUUGGUGUGUCGACAUUGAGGUGGUUCUUUCUUCAAGACAACGGGCUUUCUGGGGGGCUGAGUAAAAGAAUCGGUAAUCUUUCCAACCUUGUCAAUUUGGAUCUCUCCUACAAUCAGUUCACCGGGAUAAUUCCUGAUGUUUUCAGUGAAUUAAAAAAUCUGGAGUAUCUUUCUGCUGAGUCGAAUAAUUUCAGCAGCAAUUUACCCACUUCCUUGUUAAACUUGCCGACCCUCCGCGUGCUUAAUUUGAGGAACAAUUCAAUGGAAGGUGAGGUCAAUCUCAAUUGUACUGUGAUGGCCCACCUCAGUUCCAUCAAUCUCGGUUCGAAUCGUUUUCAUGGACGCAUUCUUGAUAAUCUUUCCUCAUGCAAAGAGUUGAAAACCAUAAACCUUGCUAGAAACAAGCUCAAUGGCGAAAUUCCCAAUAGCUUGAAAAAUCUUCAGGCUCUCUCUUAUCUAUCGCUAACGAGUAGCAACCUCAGUAAUAUCUCGUCCGCGUUGGGGAUUCUACAACAGUGCCGGAACCUAACGACUCUGGUACUCACCACGAAUUUCCAUGGCGAAGAAAUGCCCGUCGAUGGGAUUACUGGGUUUGCAAGCUUAAAAGUUCUCGUCAUUCCAAACUGCGGUCUUUUGGGUUCUGUCCCGUCGUGGUUGAGGAACUGUAGUAAGUUGCAGCUGUUGGAUUUAUCGUGGAACCGGCUGGGGGGAAGCAUCCCUUCAUGGUUUGGGAUUCUAGACUCCCUCUUUUACUUGGAUCUCUCGAACAAUUCGCUCACCGGGCAAAUCCCCGAAAGCUUGACGCAGUUGAAGGGCCUCAUUUACAGCAAUGCCUCGCAGGAAGUGUCCUCCUCCAACCUCCCAUUCUUUAUCAGACGCAGUCAAAGCGCAAGCGUGUUGCAGUACAAUCAGUUCACAAGCUUCCCGCCAACGCUGGAUUUAAACAGCAACAAUCUCACAGGGCCAAUCCCACCUGAUUUCGGGAAACUGAAGAAUCUGCACGUGUUGAAUCUGAUGAAGAACAAUCUCUUGGGAAGCAUUCCUGAUGAGUUAUCGGGCAUGAGUAGCUUGGAGAUUCUUGAUCUGUCAUUCAAUGAUCUCUCAGGGACCAUACCUGCUACUCUGACCAACCUUAGCUUUCUAUCAAGCUUCAGCGUAGCACAUAAUCGAUUGUCCGGGUCAGUCCCUUUGGGAGGCCAGUUUUCGACCUUCCCACCAUCAAGCUUUGAAGGGAACUUGGGUCUUUGUGGUGAGUUCUUUUCUCCUUGCAGUCUGCCGCAAAGCCCUACACAACCUGGAUUGAGUGAUGAACAAGAGGAAAGUAGAAUUAUUGAUGCAGGACUCCCAUUUCAAAUCGGAGCAGUGGUGGGUUUUCUCGUAGCAGUUGCAGCCAGUGCAAAGUGGACAGGGGCAUUUCAGAAGAAGCGAAAAAGGUAGAAUUGAUGAAAGGAUGGCAAAGGAUACUUCCGUCAGUUAUAGGGUAGUAAGGCACUUCUCUCAGCUGUAACAAAAUAUGUUUAUAACUUGUGGUAGUGUUUUUUUUUCCCAGGUAUGAAGUAUAUGUAUCUUGUAAUAUGUAUAUAUGUAUUUCUUUGUGUUAUGGUUGUCUGUAGAAACAGAUUUCAGAAGCAUCACCCUCUCUCCCUCCCUCCCCCCUCAAAAUACCCGUCUCUGAAUUCGGCAUUCUUCUUUGACACCAU